GCGACCAGUGACGUCGCUCAAUGUGUGGUGUCGGCGCAAGGCGUCGCUCAUCCAUCUCUCCAUCUCCUCCGAUCAAUCCAUCAUCACGUCCAUCACCCACCAUGUUCUGGGAUCCACUCUUCGACCGCAUAGCCCUCUUGUCCGGUGCUGGCGCAGACCAGUGCAAGCUCAUCGCCGCCCUCAUCAUCUCCUUUCCCCUCGCCUCCAUCUACGUCCGCAUCCCCGCCAACCGGCCAAAUGUCGCCCACUGGUUCUCCAUCAUCACCUCGGUCAUCUUCCUCUGGCCUCUCUUGGGCCUUGGAAAGGGCUUGCUUGAGCUUCUUUUCAUGAGCAUCGUCACGUACAUCAUUGUCGCAAGUGUGCGCGGGCCCAAGAUGCCCUGGAUCGCGUUCUUCUUCGUCAUGACCUGCAUGACUAUUACUCAUGUCCGCCGCGCAUUGGGCCACGUCUCCGUCGAACGCAUCGAGAUCUCUGGCUCGCAGAUGGUCCUCGUGAUGAAGCUGUCGACCUUUGCGUGGAACGUGCACGACGGGCGCCGCAAGAUUGAGACGCUCGACGAGAGCCAGAAGGCGACGCGACUCGCCAAACUGCCCAACCCCCUCGCGUUCCUUGGCUACUGCUUUUUCUUCCCAUCCGUGCUUGUCGGUCCAUCGUUCGAGUACGCAUCGUACGAGAAGCUGCUCAACAAGACGAUCUUCGACGUUGCCCCACCCGCCGGCACGGCCGCGGCGUCUGACAAGCGCAAGCGCCGGACGCCCAAGGGCCGCCGCCGUGUCGCUUACCUCCACGGCUCGCUCGGCGUUGCCUUUUUGGCCUACUAUGCGGCGUUGGGUGCACGGGGAAGCUACGAGCGCAUUAACGGCCCCGACUGGCCGACGUGGAGCCUCCUCACGCGCUUUGGUUUCGUGCAGUUCUGCGCAUUCUGCGUCCGCACAAAGUACUAUGCCGUGUGGAGUUUGUCCGAGGGCGCCUGCAUUCUGACGGGCAUCGGAUUCAACGGCUACGGCCCGCACACAGGGCGCACGCGCUGGAACAGAGUGCGCAACAUUGAUAUUGCGGGCAUCGAGGGUGCCGAGAGCUUUAAGCAGCUCUUUGACAGCUGGAACUGCCGCACAAACGUCUGGCUCCGCGACUGUGUGUACAAGCGCCUCGUCAAGCCUGGGCAGAAGCCGGGUGCGGCGCAGAGCAUGGCGACCUUCGUCACCUCGGCGUUCUGGCACGGCAUCGCGCCGGGGUACUACCUCGCCUUCGUGACCGCCGGCAUGGUGCAGUACAUCGGCAAGCAGUUCCGGCACCUCGUGCGCCCUUACUUCCUCGCGGCCGAAGACCCGGCCGCAGCCCUCAAGCUGCCGAAGUGGAGCUCGCAGCCGCUCGCGAAGAAAGCGUACGACAUCUUCGGCUGGUUUCUCGUCCAAGUCAACCUCAACUACCUCGUCGCGCCUUUCCUCCUCCUCGAGCUCAAACCGAGCAUCAUGGCAUGGCACAGAAUGUACUGGUACACACACGUGCAGAUUGCGCUCUUCCUCGUCGUCAUGCGGCUCGGCGUGCGCCGCUGGCUGCGCUCCGGCUUGCGGCCGCGCGAGAAGAAGGUCCCCGCCGCCGUGCCGGAGACGCGUAUUCCAGAACUCAAGCUCUCGCCGCCCACGCCGGACGAGUACCGCCGCCGGCCGGAGGGCGACGAGGACGGGCCCGACCACGACGUCGAGUGGGUCAAGUACGACCUCAACACGCACGCGCUCGAGGACGGGGAUGCGCUGGACAUGGACGGCGGUCUGAUGGACGAGGUGCUGUCUCAGAUGGAGACGCGGCCCGGCACGCCCCAUCUCCACAACAACUACAAGGACGAGUAGAUGAUAGAUGUAGUCUUGGGCGCGAGGGAGCGAGCGAAGCGGGUGAAGGAGCAGUUGGAGAUUAGCGACGUGGACAUGCAGAUGGGCGCGAGGUUGGGUGUGCAUCUUGCAGGCGAAGUGGUAUUUCGUCUUUCGUCUUUAGUCACA